AUGUCGCAGGCUCACCCAAACACAGUAAAACGUGAAGAGAAAUUAAUGGCGCGUCCAAUUGAGUAUGUGGGAGAUAUCAAUGACUCAAAGGACCUAUGGAAGAUUUCUGUUAGGUGCAGGCAUCUUUGGUCGGUCACAAGUGCUUCAAAGAAGGAACACCUUGAGAUGAUUCUCGUGGAUUCUAAGGGAUCUAUGAUUCAAGCUGUCGUUCCUCCUUACCUGGUUGCCAAGUUCAAGGAAUAUCUCUGUCAUGGUUGUUCAUACGUCAUGCAGAAUUUUAAAGUAGGUUCCAAUGACUUUUCUUUUAAGUCCACCGAUCACAAACACAAGCUGGUGUUCUGUGGUUCAACUUCCCUUAAGAAAACGGACAACCCAGAAAUUCCUGUUAAUGCUCUCAAUCUACUUAGUCUGGCUGACAUUGUAGAUGGCAAAUUCCAAUCAAAUAUUUUAGUUGAUGUUCUUGGUGGAGUUGUAGAGAUAAAUCAAAUGCACGUCAGUUCUGAUAACAGCAAGAGCAAAGUUGUUUUUUCAAUUACUGAUAAUAGCAAAUCCAUGGUUGUGUGUACCUUAUGGGGAAUGUUUGCAAUCCAAUUCAAUGAGUAUAGGACAAAAAAUAAGGAUGCUGGUAAUAUGAUUGUGCUUCUGAUUAAUGCUCGAAUAAAGGAGGCUCAAGGCAACUUUCCUUUAAACGUAUCCAAUGCGUGGAAUGGCACAAAACUGGUCAUUAAUGAUACUGGUUUUGAACAGGUUUCUAAGCUAAAAGAAAGUUUUAAAGGUGAUUUCCCAAAGUUAUCAGAUACAGGCGUGCAAGAGACUACAUGCGUAACUGUUGCCACGCUGGAUAAAUUUGAUGUUGGACAAUCUGGAUGGUAUUACGAUGGAUGUGUUGACUGUACAAAGAGUGUGACUCUGAGGGAUGGAAAGCUCGAGUGUUAUUCAAAACAUAUAAGUCCUUUUCCCGUGCCCAGGUUUAAACUGGAAAUACUGGCUGUUGACGGUAAAUGCAAUGCGAAGUUCAUUUUUUGGGAUGUAGACUGUGUUAAAUUGGUAGGCAAAUCCGCUGCUGAGAUUAUAAAUGGUCUAAAAAGGAGUGGGGAGUAUGAUCCGCUUGAAUUUCCUUACGAACUUGAUUCAAUAUUGAAGCGUGAGCUGGCCAUCAGAGCUGUAUUUCAACCCAAGAAUGGACGCCUUUCCGUGAUUGGUUUCAGAGAUGAUCCGGAAACACGUAGCGGAGUCAAGGAAAAUUUUAGAGCUGAGGAGCCUACAUCCAGGCUGCGCGUAAUUGAACCAACGUCGCAUGACGAAUUUCCAAGUGUUUCUGAACCUCUGUCUGUCUCAGCCGAUUAUGAUCCUUCUGCUUCAAAUACUAAUCUUACCCCUUCCAAGAGAAUUUUGAGCGAAUCUGUUGAGGAAUUUGAAGGUGUGCAGCUUUCGUCGACGAAGUUAAUUAAAGAUAUCAAGAAGGAAGAGUAG